GCUUUACUUCCGGUUGAUCCUGACCGGUAUCAUUUGUGUGUGAAAACAUGAUGGAGACAGAUAGUCAAGCUGAUGCUGAUGGAAGUAAUUUGCGACAAGUUUCAACAGCAGUGCUGUUAAUUGUCGGGGAACCUGCUACAGCUGAUCAUAAAAAUUUAAUUCUUGGAGAAAUAACCAAAGGUUUCCGUUGCUGGGACUGUGAAGAUGUUGACAUCAAUGAAGAGUUGGCCCACAUUGCUAAUGCAGCUGAGCUUGGUGUUGAAGGACCAAAUGACAGUGAAGGAAUAUGUGAGCGAGUACUUAACUAUGGUACAGAAAAGAUGGCCUCCAUGAUAGUUGUCAACUCCCAUCUGGAAACAUUGGUUGCGGCGCUGAAAAAUUUCUUAACCUUAAGUGCUCCAUACAAGCAUUUGAUAUAUGCUGGUCACUUCUUCUCUGGUAAUGGAGCUUGGGUGUUACAGGACGACACAUUCUCUAUUGCCAGCUUUGCUCAAAUGUGUAAAGAUAAAGAAAUCGAGGAUGCGAUGAAACAACAAAAUGGUGGCCAGAUUAAUUUUUACUUCAGCAAAGGAGGUGAAUGGAAAGCUGACAGCUUAAAAAAACUUGAAGUUUUCAAAAACACUGUUGUAAAAGUUAGUUCUGAAGAAAAAGCUUUAGAUAAUGUUCAUGGUGUAUUACAAUUCACUGCCUAUAUAGCUAGCUUUAUUAAUGCUAAAACAUCAGAAGAUUUGUUGAGAACAUCAGAUGUCGUUGGAAGUAUCAGAUUUAACAAGCCUACAUUAUAUAUUUUCCCGGGGAGUGAAGGAGAUUCAUCCUUGUUUGGUGUAAGUGGCUUUAAUCUUUUAAUUAAUGGUGGAUACAGUAGAAAAGCUUGUUUCUGGGACCUAACUAGACAUCUGGAUCGUAUAGAUGCUUUUCUCAUGACACAUUUAGGCACUGAUAAUGUAUUUGGAAUAAGCACCUUACUGAAGCGGAAGAGUACAGAAUAUAUUCAUCCAGAAAUAGGUUACAUGUAUUUGAAUGGUUCGGACAAAGUCAGUCAUUCAGCAGUUGUCAAUGGUCAGGCAGAGAAGGAACCUAGUUUAUGCAUCAAUUUGUCUGAUGAAGGAAGUAGAUUAAUAGAAUAUGCAAAACAACUUGGACAUGUUCCACAGCAAUGCACACGUCCAAUGACUUCACAGCCAUUACAGCCUAUUAAUUUGUACCACAAAGUAGGUCAUGGAUCAUUGAAUAUGUAUGUUUUGAAUCCAGUCUCAGACAGUAAAGAGCUGAAAGACUUUUAUCAACAUUGGAACAAGCACUUGUCUGAACAUGGUUCCCUGCACCAAAUACCAAUUCAGAACCAGUUAUCAGUAUGUACACUUCUUGUCUGGCAGCCUGCAGAUCCAAAUGAAAAAAUUACUAGAAUUUUCUUUCCUGGAAAUGCACCCCAGUACAAACUAUUAGAAGGAUUAGAAAAAAUGAAACACCUAGAUAUUUUGAAACAUGCAUCUUGUACUGCAAAAGAUUUGGAAAAUAAACCAACCUCUGCAGCGAAAAGGAAUUCUUUGGCUGCACGUCCAGCUCCAAGUAAACCUCCUGUCAAGUCAGCUGAACCUACCACUGCUAGAAGUUCAAAACCUGUAAGUGAGGUUAGACGAACAUCAGAAUUGAAAGCCUCUUCAGAUCGAAAAACCUCAGAAGUUAAAACUUCAUUUGAACGCAAAAAACCUGAACCAAAAAAAGAGGAACACAAACCACCACCAUCCAAACCAAGAGUUCCAACAGCAGCCUCUUUAAGGGCAGACAAAGUUUCAAAAGAGGAUGAGAAUAAAAAGACAGCAAAAAAAGACGACAAAGCAAGUAAACCGACAAAAACUGCUCCGGCAGCUCAAAAGACAGCUCCAAAGGCUAAAACUGAGACUAAGACUAAGAAAGAAUCUCCUACCAAAGAACCAGCAAAACCGGUAGAAAAAGUGGAAGAAGUGAAAGAAAAGGUAGAGGAAAAAGAAGAGAAGAAAGAAGUAAUUGAAGAAGUGCAGAAUAUUGAAGAACCUCCUGUAGCUGUUGUUGAACCAAUGCAGGAAACAUCAUUACUCGAUCUUUCUCCAAAUGAACCAGUUGUUGAAAGUGGAUUAACGACAGAUACUGGUGAUAGUGAAGUAAAGGCGAGUGAUACUGGUGAUAGUGAAGUAAAGGAGAGUGAUACUGGUAAUAGUGAAGUAAAGGAGGCAUCACCAGAGCCACUACCAAAUCCUACUGAUGAGUAUGAACAGGAGGAUACCUCUCCUGAAGAACUAGACUUGAUGGGAAUGGGAGGUUCUGACAUGGGAAAUAAGAUGAUGGAGAGUUUCCAUGAAGGAUACAAUGGAGAUUUAAUGUCAAAUGGAACACCUACUGAAGAACAGGGUCAGAAUUUGAAUAAUUUUGGAAUAUAUGAUGACAACGUUGAUGUCCAGCCAGAAGCUUUACCAGAACCUGUUGAAUACCCUGCACAGGAAGCUUUCUCACAACCUGAUAUGAUCCCAGUAAAUGAUAGAAAGAAUAUGGAGGAGAAACCUCUUAUUUCUGGAAUGGCACCUAUUGAACCUGAUGUUGUACAAGGUCUUCAGAAUGAACCAGACAUAGAUCUAACAGCAGCCACUACAUCAACUCCGCUAGACGAUAAACCUCUAUUCGACUUUGAUACCUCUGAAAAAUCUAUCCCUUCAGCUGACAGUGAACCCCAACAACCUACAACACAAGACCCAAUGCAACAGUCACUGUUUGGUGAUGAUAUACCAGAUCAGGGUUCAGAGGCAUUUGAAUCAUUGACAAAUUCUGAAUCUUUGAUGUCUAGUAAAGCAGCUGACAUACCAGAACUUGACCAAACAUCAGAAGAUUUGAUGCAGAAAAGUAUGACAACUAGCCAAGAAUCUGAUCAUCAUGAAGAUGAUAAUGCAAUUGAGAGGGAGAUUCAGGGAGAAAACCCACCUGAUGUAGUACAAGUGCAGGAAAAAUUUGAAGAUGAAGAUAUUGUUGAAUCACAAGACAAAAUACAAGAAAAUAUUAUUGAAUCACAAGGCAAGAUGCAGGAAACUAUCGGUGAAGUAGAUGAAGAUGAAAUCUCACCUGACGAAAAUGACAGUCAAGUUGAUGCCCGUGAAAGAAAUUUAGAUGGCUUGGAAGAUGACAAAGGACAGUUAGAUGAAGAAAAGGUUGAUGAUGAAUCUCCAUAUGCAUUUGAAAAUAAAGCUUUUCAUCAAGGUGCAGAAGUUAAUGAGAAAGAAAGUUCUCCAGAACCAACAGAGAGUCAGGAGAAAGAUGAUGAUCUCACUGAACCAGAGGUUAAAAGUCAAGAUGAGAUUCGAACUGAAGGUUCCAUCAGUCCAGAUGAAGGAGUUGUUGAGGACAAAUUUGCAGAAGAAGAGGAGGAAUAUUUACAUGAUGACGAUGAAGAGUUAGCAGAUGGUAAACAGAGUGGAGUUGGUAUUGAGGUUCAUGAACAGGAAGAUGAAGAACAGCAAGUUAAGGAGUCUUUGGAUGGAACACAUGAGCAAUAUAAUGAUUCACUAGAGGUGUCUAACAUUCCUGAAGCCUUUGAAAAGGAUGAAACACCUGAUCCUAAAGAAAUACAUUCUGAUCAGUUAGGAGGUCUAGAGAAAGAGACUCUUUCUGAAAAAGAAACAACGGAAGAAAGACCUAUGGAAUCUAUGGACCCAUAUGACCCAUUUUGUUCUGGUAGUCCAAAUAUGCCAUCCAUGCAAACAUCAGAUCCAUUUGCACAAUAUGAAGAGCAAAGAAGUUCCUCAGAAUCUCCAGUAGAUGAAGUCAAGCCAGUAAAUGGAUUAGGUUUCGAUCCUUAUGCCCCUCAAUCACAGAAUCCAUUUGGUGAUGCUUGCAAGCAAAAUGUUGAGUCUGAAGAGGAGGAAAAAGAGCUGUCAACUAAUCCUUUUGAUCCAGAUGCGGAAUGGGGAAAACCAAUGGGCCUGCCUUCUCCCCCACCCCCAGAUGCAGGUGCUAAACCACCAGCAGGAAAUGGUAAACCAUCUUCAGCAAAAAAGACUGCAAAGCAGCCAAUUCCAGCAAAAAAUGGUGUGAAAAAAGAUCCUCUAGCUACCAGUAAAGCAAAAGCUAAAUUAGAUACAUCUUCAAAUGGGCCAUCCAAUAAGCUCAAUACAACAAAGACUAGGCCUGCAAGUGCUGCUGAAACAAAGUCUAAGCCUUCCACUUCCCUUGGGAAAAGACCAUCAACAGCUACAGGUUCUAGUAGAGCAAGUCCAGCUGUAAAGACCCCUCCUCUUCCACCAUUCACACCAUUUUACGUAGAUCUGACAUACAUACCAAAUCAUGGAAAUCCAUCAUAUAGCGACAUAGAAUUUUUCAAACGAGUUAGAGCUAGAUAUUAUGUCCUCAGUUCACUUUCACCUAACCCACAAACUCUCACAGCUUUAAUGGAAGCAAAGGAAACUUGGGAUAACAAGAAUUCAGAGGUCACAUUAAUACCAACCUACGAUAAUGAUACUUUACGGCACUGGAUGGGUCUCAAUCGUGAUAAAUUGAGUGAGCUAAAUAUAGAUGUCGGUCCUUCUGCAAGUCGUUGUACAAUUCAUCUUCAAGAUCAUGAAACAAGCUGCUCAGCCUACCGGUUAGAGUUUUAGUUGUGAUAAUAGACACUGUAUAUAAUUUAUAAACAUUUCGACCAAGUUGCAACAGGAUGUGAGCUUAUUAGUUGUUUCUUGUUCGGGCCACACUUUCGUGAAUUCUGUAUUGCAUUUGCUGUCAAUGUCGCAGCAGUGUUUUUUGACAUUUUUGCCAGAAAUUAGAAAUAGUGUUCAAGGUAUAAAUGCACGACAUGUCUAUAUAUUAAAUGAAGUGUACCAGUUUUUCCAGGAUGAUCAUAUUUGAUUAUUCUUUUCUAUUUUAUAUUUAAAGAACUGGAUACAAAAUGAGUAAGAUUCAUUCAGUUAAGAGAAAUGAUAGCAGUUGAACUGUUUACAUAAAUUACCAAUUUUUGAUCACUUUAUGGAAACAAGAAUAUGCUUACCUGGGAACUGAAAUAAGCAAUCAUUACCAUGUGCAAUAAAAUUUUUUAUGCUUUAAUUAUGAACAAUCGUAAAAAUCGUAAUACUGAACAAUCGUAAUACUGCAGAUAUGUUUGUGAUAUUGUCUACAAAGUUAUUGGAUAAAGAGAAAAAAUGUGGCCUUUUGUUAAAUGAUGGGUUUUGUUUUUGAAACAAUCUUCUUUGUUUUUUUUUUAGAUUUUUUUCUCUCUUUUUUCAAUGUUAUAAUUAUGUUUUCUUAUUUGUAAAAUUCCAGUUUGUUAUUAUAUACAUAAAUUUUCGAACACAGUCUAUCAUUUUAAUGUUGGCCAAAGAAUCAAGACUCAUGAUAGUUUUGAUACAGUGCUUCACAUUAAAAAAUAAGGAUCAGACUUGUAAAAAAGGACCAAAAUGAAAGUUUUGUAUUACAUGAUGUCCCUUCUGAUUUAAGUCGAGGGUUGAAAAGUUUUAACUCUGAAUUUACUGAACACUUAUUUUAAAAAGCAAGGGUUGAAAGGGUUGAUCUCUGAACUUACUGAACACCUAUUUUAUAAAGCUUUUGAUUUUGCUUUAAGUGAAAGCAGAAAUGAUUGUGUAUUAUUUCAAGAUUGAAAAUAAGGAUAAGGAUGUGGUUGUUUUUUUGCUUUAAAUCUUGUUUCUCUAUUUAGAAUUUGUUAUUUUAUAACGUAGAGCAUAGAAAGAAAAAUAAUGUUUAUUUAAUAUCUCACUGUUAUUUUUUAUAUUUAAUAUAUAUUGAAAAUUUCUUUGUUUAUUAACACUAAUCAGUAGACUAAAUCAUGUAUGAUGGAUGGAUAUUAAACGUGUGAUAUUUAUAUAUGUGUUGUAGUGUAUGUUGUAGAUACACAUCACAAACAUGUAUUGCCAUAUAUACUCAGUAUAUUGGACUGUCAGAUUUUUGCUUUCUUUGAAUACUCAAAAAAAAAGUAAGAUUUCAUUAGGAUAUUUAAAAAUGAUUUACAAUGUGCAGACGUUUAUUCAGGUUAUAAAUGUGGUUUUCGUAAUCAUUAAUAUUUAUAUAAAAAGUCAAGGCCAUCAUACCAGCCUGCAUACUGAGCAAAUUGAAUACCAGUAUAUACCUGAGGAAGAAAAUGAAUAAUUUCAACAGCUUGCACGACAAAUAUAGGCGUAUCAAUUAAUGACAUCAUAUCAAUGGCCAAUAUUUAUAAAAUGUUUGAAUCUUUUAUAAUGUAAUGCAGAUAAAAAGGGCAACUGACAUCAUAUUACUGACAUGUAUGGCAAAGCAUUUAUUUGAUAAUUAGCUGAACAAAUGAGGUUGUAAAGGGACCAUUUCAAAAGUUUAUUCUUUUUGAAUGUCUCUGUGUUUGAUUGUGAGAAACCUUUUUGUACAAUUAAUCUGGCUGUGAGAAACAAAAACCAUUUAAUAAUUUAGAAAAAUAUAAGAAAUUAAUUGAUAUGUUGAAAGAGUGGGUUUGUGUAAAUUUUGUGAAAGCUUUUGAUAUAAUUGUGUAUACAAUGCCUCCUUUGUUUAUUGUUAAAAUGUAUAUUGUUUGCAUGAUUACCUAAGGGGCUUAUAAAGGGGAAUGAAAGUUGUUAGAGUAGCUGAUAUGUUUUUUAUAAAACCAAACAUUUUACAUAAGUAAUUGAUUUACUAAUAUUCAAGUCCUUUUGAGUCCCUUCUUGGUAAAUUUAUAUAGUGCUCAAAAUCUAGUCAGUAUUUAGCUAGGAUCUCAGUGGAUGGAGGUAGAACUGUAUUUAUAGGCUUCCAAGUAAUUAUAUUAGGAGUCAGUUAAAUAGUACUGCUGGGAAAAUUUGGAGUUUACUUUUUUAUAUAGCUGGUGUUAAAAAGUUCUAUGUACUUGAUGGAUAUAACAUAUUAUUCAACUUUUUAAAUGCCCAUUGUUCAUUCUCCUAAAACAGAGAUCUUAAGCGAUACAGGUAUAAUUUACUGUCUCAUAAAUUUUGAUAGUUAAACAAAUUUUGAAAUGUCUUUCUGAAAGGAUUAUUAGGUGAUUAAUUGGAUGAAAACUUUUUUAUGGAAGGAUUUAUAUUGUAAAGCUUUGUAUAUGGGCUUAAGAUGUUAUUAAUAUAGUAUAGGUUUUGGUUUUAUUUUCGACAGCAAGGGAAUGUAGAUAAAGUGCAGAUCCAGUAAAGAUUUUUUAAUUUGAAUUAUAUUGUAUUUCUGAUGAAAACAUUUGUUCUAGUGAGAGACGAAGGUUAUGUCUUAAACCUUUAAAAUCAAUAUAACUUAAAUCUCUGUAAAACAAAUAAAAAAAUUGAGGUUUGCAUGUGUUUAUAAUUUAUAGCUUUAUAGUUUAGGCCAUCCUGAAUUAUUUAUCGAUAGGAAAAAAAUAGUAUCAGCAUGCUAAUACUUUCAGACUAGCCUGCUAAAUUUUAAUAGUUUGAAAUUUAAUCAUUUUCAUAACAGUUCUUCAAAGUUAACAACAAUCAAAUGUACAAUGGGAGACAACCCACAAAUUUUAAGUGGUGAGGGAAGUUCUCAAAAUGAUUCGUUUUUGUGUUGUGCAAAUAAAGGGUAAAUUAAAAUCACUUUUUAGGUAGUAAAAGUAUAAUUUAGAAAGGGUUUUGUGUCAAGUGUUUAUAUUAAAUAUAUAAAUUUGUAUUCUAUACCAUUUAAUUUCUAUGCAUUUUUAAUUUGCCAUUGUUUUUUUUAUAUAUUUUCAAAGAUGAAAGAUUUAUACACAUGUUAAAACAUUUAUUCAAAUUAUAAGCUGUCUUUAUGCAUACCACUGUAUUUCUAAUGCCAAGCCAUUAUUUUCAUUCCGUUCUGUUUUUGUGUGUUUAUUGCCUAUUGCAUUGUUGUACAUGUUUAAUAUUCUAUGUGAACAACAAAAAUUGGCCAACAUUAAAUGUGCCUAAAGAUACAA